AAAAUAAUUAUCAUGACUUCUUGGAUACCAUUGGAAUCAAACCCCGAGGUUAUGACGAAGUUUAUGCAUCAACUAGGUGUACCAAAAGAAUGGAGCAUUGUCGAUGUUUAUGGAUUGGAGCCAGAUUUAUUGGCACUUCUACCUAAACCAGUUGUAGCUGUUAUUUUGCUUUAUCCUUUACGGAAAAAGAAUGGUAAUACAUUAGAAGAUAAGGAAGAAGCUGUUAAAGGAAAAGAUACGAGUGCUUUAGGUUCACAAGAUCCAGCAGUUUAUUAUAUGAAACAAUACAUUCAUAAUGCUUGUGGUACAAUUGCAUUAAUUCACAGUAUUGCAAAUAAUUUAGAUACCAUAAAUCUUCAAGAUGGUUUCCUGAAAGCUUUCUUAGACAAAUCAAAGAAUCUCUCUUCUGCAGAGAUUGGAGAACUUCUAAUGAAGUCAACUGAAAUUAGUGAGACACACGAAGAAAUGGCACAUGAAGGACAAACAGAGGCACCAAAUGAAGAAACACCAGUGUAUCACCAUUUUGUAGCAUUUGUACAAAAGAAUGGAGUUUUAUACGAAUUAGAUGGACGAAAAUUUGGGCCUAUCAGUCAUGGUUCAACUAAUCCAGAAACAAUGUUAGAAGAUGCAGCACGUGUUUGUAAAGAAUAUAUGGCUCGUGACCCAGAAGAAAUGUGCUUUACUGUUGUUGCUCUUACUAACAGUGAUUCAGAAUCAUUUUAACUUCAUGUCUAAUAUACAGUACACACAGUUUAAGAUAAUUGUUCAAAUAAUUUAUUUUAUAUGUUAUAUACA